AUGCAGCGGCGCGGCCGUACGGGCAGCGGCGGGCAGGCAGCGCCGCGUAGCGCUGCCGCCCGGCUCUGCAGGCAACGGGCAGGGAACCGGGCAGCGCUGCCGCUGCUGCUGCCCGUUCUCUGCCUGACCUUCGUCUUGCCCACCCCCGGCCGGGCUCUGCCGCCGCCCCCCCCAGCUCCUCACCGCCUCGCCGAGGGGUUGAACCGCUCCCGGGAGUUGCUGGAAGCCGCCAACGCUUCCCUCCAUCGGCUGAAGGAGCUUGGCACCCUGGGAUUUGAGUGUACCCUUGAAGAGGUUGAUCUUGAAGAUAUCACUAAGAAUCAAACCAACACGAUAAAAGCUUGCACAUCUGAGGAUCCAGGGACUGGAAACUGUCCAGCACUGGAAAGAUCUACUUUUGAUACGACUAAAUGCCUGCAGGGCAUCUAUGAGGAUCUGAAUGCCUACAGGGCAGAGCUGAAGAACUUCAAUGAUCAAAAGGUGCUGGCAAAGAUUGAUGAAAUGAUGAAAGCCCUGAAGACCAGCAGCGGGAGCGUGCCGCAGCCGUCGGCAGGCGCGGGGCUGACGUCCUUCAAGGAGAGGAUGAGGCUCUGCAGCAUCCUUCACGCCUUCCGAAUCCGCACGGUCACCAUCAACAGGAUGAUGAAUUACCUGACCUCGGCAGAGAGCUCGCUGUAAGCGCCCAGCCCGCCAGCACUUUGGGUAUAAA